AUGAACGAAAACUUAUUUGCCUCUUUCACUACCCCAACAAUUAUAGGACUACCUAUUGUUAUCCUAAUUAUUAUAUCCCCCAGCAUUAUAUUCCCCACAUCCAAUCGACUAAUUAACAACCGCCUAAUCUCCAUCCAACAAUGACUUCUUCAACUCACAUCAAAACAAAUAUUAUCUAUCCACAACAAUAAAGGUCAGACCUGAGCACUAAUACUUAUAUCCCUCAUCCUAUUUAUUGGCUCAACUAACCUACUAGGCCUAUUACCACACUCAUUUACACCCACUACUCAACUAUCAAUAAACCUGGGCAUGGCCAUCCCCUUAUGGGCAGGAACGGUGUUCCUAGGCUUUCGCCAUAAUACCAAAACAUCCCUAGCUCAUUUCCUCCCCCAAGGAACACCCAUUUUCCUCAUCCCUGCACUAGUAAUUAUUGAAACCAUCAGCCUAUUUAUUCAACCCGUAGCCCUAGCCGUACGACUAACAGCCAACAUUACUGCCGGACACCUUUUGAUAUACUUAAUCGGAGGAGCAACACUAGCUCUAAUAAAUAUCAGCCCCACCACAGCUCUUGUUACAUUUAUUAUUCUCAUCUUACUCACCAUUCUUGAAUUCGCUGUAGCCCUAAUUCAAGCUUACGUAUUUACCCUUCUAGUAAGCCUCUACCUGCACAACAACACUUAA